CGUAAACUUGCAAAACGACACACAAUGGCUACGAAAGUUGAUGAAACGCUCGCGUCCGACGAAUCCAAUCCUCUCAUCGCAAGCGCUGGCUCGCUAAUCAUUGACGAUAUUGUCUUGGAGGAUGGAACAAAGAAUUAUGGCGUGAUGGGUGGGGCGGGUGCUCAUGCGAUCAUAGGUGCUCGUAUUUGGCUGCCUUCACCUACAUUAUCAAAGAGACUCGGAUAUAUUGCCAAUAUUGGGGAUGAGUGUCCGCCAGAUGUGGUGCCGAGAUUGAAUGACCUUCACAUUUCAUUAUUGGUGAGGCGUGUAUCGGGACAGCCACAGCCAAGGGCAUGGAACACAUUCGGGGCCGAAAAUAAACCUGGACAUCGUGCUUUCAAGUACCAAACCCCGGAAGAAUCCUAUGCACGUUUCUUUCGCGUUCUACCAGAUCAAUUUCCGGAAAAGUGGAUUGACACCGUUGAGUACAUACACCUCAUCACGUCUCCAGCAAGGCUGAUUGCUUGGGUAGAAGCCUUUCGAAAACGGCUACAAGGGCGCGCACAGAAUCGAAGUCCCUGUAUUGUCUGGGAACCAUCUCCCGAAUCGUGUCGGUCAACCAAUUGGAACGAGUUCUUGACUGCAUGCGGUUUCGCUAAUGUCGUGUCGCCAAACCACGAGGAAGCAAAACAGCUUGCCACCGAAGCACUUUCUACUUGGAGAGUAAUAAAUCAAGCCUCGCGAUCACCGGUUGGCAGGCAGGAGGUCAACUGUGCAAUUGAUGAUCUGAAUGAGCUUGUGUCGUGCAUUCUUGCAUCGCUUGAAGCCCUUAGAAUUCCUCCGCCGACGCUUUUGUUAAGAGCAGCAGAGCGUGGAUGCCUUGUUGUGCCACCGAAAGCGGUACCCGUUCUGGUGCCAGCUUAUUGGACAGUUGUCGCCCAAGGCAAUCCAACUGCAAUUGUAGAUGUGACUGGAGCGGGAAACUCGUUUCUUGGUGGGUGGAUGGCGGGUCAUCUCCUGUCAAAUAAGGACCCCAUUGCUGCAGCCUGUUACGGAAGUGUUAGUGCCAGUUUUACGCUGGAGCAGGUGGGAUGCCCAGUGAUUAAAAUGGAGAAUGGACGUGAAGUCUGGAGUGGAUCCGAUACAGCCAUGGAUAGGUUAAGUCGAUUUCGGACAUUGAUAAACUUAUAGUUGGCGACUUUCACUCAGUCAGACUAGAGAGAUGCUCAAUACAGAGGCGUGUUUACUAUUACAAUAGAUGUACAUCUAGUCGAAUACCCUAAUAUGCCAUGAAACAGUUGAAGAAUUAAAUACGAAUAAUGGGGCAUCGGAGCUCAA